AUGCGUGGUUCGAUCAGUAGCUCCAUCCAAUCUGGCAAAUCCCUUCACGAGGCCUUCCUGCAGAAAGGUACCGAUCCCUCCGAAGUUGCCAACCUCAUCAAAUCGACUCUCGGACAUGAAUACAUCUCCCCAUGGUCAGAUGAAGACGAUGGGCUGGUUUCUGCACAAUCCAAGGCCACACAAGAUCAGGUUAAGAAGAUGAAGGACCACAAAGACAUUUGCAACGCAACAGGAUUACUUCUCAGUACCAUUCUUGGGGAUCGUCUCGAAGAGCCCACUAUGAGCAAUGGCAGAAUCCGCGAGUGGGGAGCAGAAAUGACCGAUGAGCAGGUAGCCAAGGUCGAGAACCUGGACGGCGUCGAGGCUGUGAGGAGGGUAUACAGGGGGAAACGAGGCCGUUUCAUGCCACGGAUCUUGAAGCCUUCAGAAGCCUCAAACCUACGAGGUCUGAAGAAGAGAGACAUCGCCUAUGAAAGGCAGGAGGCCACCGCUACUGAACUGGUCGCCAUCAGCCAGCCCAGUACAGUUCCAGAUUUGACUCAACUCAAGAACUAUGUAUAUGAAAGCCAUGGAGGGUCAGGAAGCUUUGUAUACCACAUUGAGACAGGGGUAGCCUACAAGGCACAAAACAAGGAAUUCCCAAACGUUGCGUCACAGCAUCUCCUGACUGAUAAGGCAAUCAAAAAAGGCGACGAACCCUGGGUAGACGACGAUGACAAGUUGCCUUCACAUGGUACUUGCAACGCUGGCAAAGCACUCGGAAUCCAGUUCGGCGCUUCUAAGAAAGCUACCCUUGUCGUCGUCAGGCUCCAUGCAAUCACUCAUCUAGAGGUUCAGGCUGCGUUUGAACUAAUUAUCAAGGACAUCGAUGAACAUCCCGAGCGACGCAAAAAAGGCGUCAUCUCUAUGGCUUUGUCAUUCAAACCUGUCUGGGACCAGGAAACAGUAGACGCCUUUCGGCAGCUUCUCACAGACCUGUUCGCGAAGGAUAUCCCUCUCAUAAGCAUCGCAGGAAAUGAUGAUGACGAUAGCGACGACGAUAGCGACGACGAUGACGAUGGUCGCAGUGAUGAUGGUGGUGGUAGUGAUACGGAAAUGUUGGAUAGCCCGGAUGUGGACGAAUAUCCCGGUCUGAUGGAAGGCCCCGAUCUUCCACUGAUCGUUGUGGGCUCCGUUGAUUCCACAGGUCAGAGGUCCGACUGGUCCAAAGGCGGCCCACACGUGACCCUUCAUGCUGUGGGUCAAGAUAUCCUUUGUCUACCAACAGAGGGCAAUGUUCCAGUGAUGGAGAAUGGCACAUCAUAUGCCGGACCUUUGGUCGCCGGCGAGGUUGCCAAUCUCCUUGCAUAUGAUACUGUCCCGUUUGAUACGAGUAAUGGCAAUCUCGAGCGGGUCGAUGGCAUCCGCGUUCUUUGGAAUGGUGUCACUCAGGAGAACAAUCCCAAGGAGGCUUUUGAGUGCAAUGGAGUGGGUAAAAACACUUACGUUGAGGGCGACGCCGUCACGGGUCUUAUCAAAGAUACAUUUUGUUCUGAUUUGGGGACGCGACAAGGCUUGCGCGGGCUGCGAAACUCUGAUUAUGGCGAGUCGCUCAAGGCAGAGCUCAAGGGCUGUGCACUACUUCCCGACGCUUGGAAUUUUGUCUAUGGCCUUGGAGAUGAUGGUCGCGAGUGGACUGCGAGAUUUCGCACUGGUGUCUUUCAGAAGAAAUGUGUGGGCGACGCUGUUGGUAUGGCCUCGGGCUUUGGCGAGUUUGGAUGUGAAGGAUCUGGCGGGGACUAG